AUGUCAUUUAAAGAAGAGAAAAAAAUUUGUUCUAAAAAUUAAUUAGAGAUAACAACUAUAGAUUAAAAAUAAUUAACUGUUAAGGAAGAUAAAUAUUAAUGUAUAAAAUUUUUAAUUGAAAAAAUUUAUAGUAAUAUGGUUUUGGUAGAUUAAACUGAAAUUAUGAUUAAGGAAAUGAAAAAUUAAAUAAUAAAAAUAAAGGAAAACUAAAAAAGAAUAGAAAAUAUUAAAUAAAUUGAAUGUCUCAUCAAAUAAUUUAAAGGUUAAAUUAAAUAUGUUAAGGAUAAUAUACUAAUUAAUAUUCAUUCAAGAAUAUAAACAAUUAAAAAGGAUUUUGAAGAAUAUGAUUCAAAUUCUAAAAUUUAUAAAUUUGAAGAUGAAGGUGAUUUUUAUCAAAAAUUAUAAAGGUAUUUUAAUUUUGAAAUUUCUUUUGGAAUUAGAUAAAUAAGAUGA